AUGGCAACAGUCGCAGCAAACCAGGAAGCCGUUUCCAAGUUCACCAAAACCAUACACAACGAUACGUAUGAGUACAUAUCCCCGAAUAAAUUAGACCUCUCGGGAAGAUCGGUCUUUAUCACCGGCGCCUCCAAGGGCGUUGGAAAGGAGAUCGCACUUAGCUUUGCGAUAGCCGGCUGUAGCAAAAUAGGCGUUGGUGCUCGGUCUGACCUGUCGGACGUUGUGGUUGAGAUCAAGCAAGCAGCAAUAAAGGCAGGUCGAAAGAAUGAGCCCAAGGUUGUUAGCGUGAGGCUUGACGUGACGUCGGAAGACAGCGUCGAGGCAGCUGCAAAGACUAUUUCAGACGAGUUUGGCGGGAAAUUAGACAUUCUGAUAAACAACGCUGGCUAUUUACCGGAGUGGCUACAAGUCGGCGCCUCUAAAGCGGACGAAUGGUGGACGACGUACGAGGUUAACGUUAAGGGGGUCUACCUAUGCAGCAAAUACUUUAUUCCGCUGCUUCUCGAAGGAGACCUUAAGACCAACGUCCUCACGACAAGUGCCGGGGCUAUCGCGGUUGUACCCAGCGGUUCGGCAUACCAAUCCACCAAGUUCGUAGUUUGCCGGCUCGCAGAAUUCAUCGCGGCGGAAUACAAGGACCAGGGCCUGGUUUGCUUCGCGCUUCACCCCGGCGGCAUUAAGACAGAACUGGCCUUACACAUGCCCCAAGCCAUGCACAAAGUCCUAGUCGACGAACCGCAGCUUCCAGGACACUGUACCGUGUGGCUGACUGCGCAGAAACGCGCAUGGCUGAGUGGUAGAUACGUCAACUCCAAAUGGGAUAUGGAGGAGCUUGAGAAUAGGAAGGACGAUAUUGUCAAGCAAGACUUACUGAAGUUUAGGAUGACAACGGCGGUCUAG